AUGUCCACUGAAGGAAAGUCAAACGCUUGUAAGAUGAUCGAUGCUACUUGUUCUCAGAAACAAUAUUUACAAGAACAUAGAAGAAUUCACAAUGGAGAAAUGCCUAACAAGUGUGAGUGUGAUACAUGCGAUGCUGCUUUCUCUACAAAACGGAAUUUAAAGAGACACAUUAUAAUGCACACAGGCGAAAAGCCAUACAAGUGUGUUACAUGUGAUGCUACCUUCUCUACAAAAAAUAGUUUACAGACGCAUAUACGAAUACACACAGGCGAGAAGCCAUACAAGUGUGAGGUAUGUGAUGCUGCUUUCUCUACAAAAAAAAUUUUACAGACUCAUUAUAGAAUACACACAGGCGAGAAGCCUUACAAGUGUGAGGUAUGUGAUGCUACUUUCUCUCAUGAUGGGACUUUACAGAGUCAUAUAAGAAUACACACAGGAGAAAAGCCGUUCAAGUGCGAGAUUUGUGAUGCUGCUUUCUCUCGGAAUUGGCAUUUUCAGAUACAUGUAAGAAAACACACAGGAGAAAAGCCGUUCAAGUGUGAGAUAUGUGAUGCUGCUUUCUCCCAUAAAGCAUCUUUACAGACACAUAUAAGAAAACACACAGGCGAAAAGCCGUUCAAGUGUGAGAUAUGUGAUGCUGCUUUCUCCCAUAAAGCAUCUUUACAGACACAUAUAAGAAAACACACAGGCGAAAAGCCGUUCAAGUGUGUGAUAUGUGAUGCUGCUUUCUCUCAGAAUUGGCAUUUACAGACACAUAUAAGAAUACACACAGGAGAAAAGCCGUUCAAGUGUGAGAUAUGUGAUGCUGCUUUCUCCCAUAAAGCAUCUUUACAGACACAUAUAAGAAAACACACAGGCGAAAAGCCGUUCAAGUGUGAGAUAUGUGAUGCUGCUUUCUCUCGGAAUUGGCAUUUACAGACACAUAUAAGAAUACACACAGGAGAAAAGCCGUUCAAGUGUGAGAUAUGUGAUGCUGCUUUCUCCCAGAAAGCAUCUUUACAGACACAUAUAAGAAAACACACAGGCGAAAAGCCGUUCAAGUGUGUGAUAUGUGAUGCUGCUUUCUCUCAGAAUUGGAAUUUACAGAGACAUAUAAGAAUACACACAGGCGAAAUACGGUUCAAGUGUGUGAUAUGUGAUGCUGCUUUCUCUCAGAAUUGGAAUUUACAGAGACAUAUAAGAAUACACACAGGAGAAAUACGGUUCAAGUGUGAGUUAUGUGAUGCUGCUUUCUCUCGGAAUUGGAAUUUACAGAGACAUAUAAGAAAACACACAGGCGAAAAGCCGUUCAAGUGUGAGAUAUGUGAUGCUGCUUUCUCUCGGAAUUGGCAUUUACAGACACAUAUAAGAAUACACACAGGAGAAAAGCCGUUCAAGUGUGAGAUAUGUGAUGCUGCUUUCUCCCAGAAAGCAUCUUUACAGACACAUAUAAGAAAACACACAAGCGAAAAGCCGUUCAAGUGUGUGCUAUGUGAUGCUGCUUUCUCUCAGAAUAGGAAUUUACAGAGACAUAUAAGAAUACACACAGGCGAAAUACGGUUCAAGUGUGUGAUAUGUGAUGCUGCUUUCUCUCAGAAUGUGGAUUUACAGAGACAUAUAAGAAUACACACAGGAGAAAUACGGUUCAAGUGUGAGUUAUGUGAUGCUGCUUUCUCUCAGAAUUGGAAUUUACAGAGACAUAUAAGAACACACAGAUGA